CAUUAAACAAAACAAACAAACAACUAACGACCCUAUACUAGGUAAGGGAACAAUGAAUCCCCGCCAUCAAAGAACACCAUGUGCAGCCCUGCUUCUCGUCGGGCUCCUCCUCCUCCAUCUCUGGGCUCCCGCCGCAGUAGACGCGUCGUCAAGAAGAAUAAGAAGAAGCAGAAGAACAAGAACCUUGUUCACGCCGUCCUCUCCUUCUCCGCCGCCAACCACUGCGAAGGCCGGCUUUUGGGGCGGCGGAGAACAGCGGGGACAACAACCGUUCGAGAAUGUCGAGUCCAGCUUCAGGAAGAUACCUCCGAGUAGAUCUAAUCCCAUACAAAACAAUGAUGACAAAUAUUUGCUUGAAUAAUGACUAAUGCAUAAUGACUAAAAGUUCUACAUUGGG